GAAGUACACAUAAGCAUAAAUAUGAUGCCAAAACUCAUUUUCAUUCUCUGACUGCAGUUGAUUCGGACAUACUUCUGUGUUGAAGAGAAGUAUACACACUGAGGACAUUCAUUGUUCAGAGACUGUCGUGUAGGACCAUGGACCAUUCUAACAGGGAGAAAGAUGAAAGACAGCGGACGACUAAACCCAUGGCACAAAGGAAUACACACUGUUCCCGACCAUCUGGCACCUCAGCAUCCUCUGGAGUUCUCAUGGUGGGACCCAACUUCAGGGUUGGCAAGAAGAUAGGGUGUGGGAACUUCGGAGAGCUCAGAUUAGGUAAAAAUCUCUACACCAAUGAAUAUGUAGCCAUUAAACUGGAACCAAUAAAGUCACGUGCUCCACAACUUCAUUUAGAGUACAGGUUUUAUAAACAGCUUGGCAGUGCAGGUGAAGGCCUCCCACAGGUAUAUUACUUUGGACCAUGUGGGAAGUACAAUGCCAUGAUGCUGGAGCUCCUUGGCCCUAGCUUGGAGGACUUAUUUGACCUCUGUGACCGAACGUUUACUUUGAAGAUGGUGUUAAUGAUAGCCAUCCAGUUGCUUUCUCGAAUGGAGUAUGUACACUCAAAGAAUCUCAUUUACCGAGAUGUGAAACCAGAGAACUUCUUGAUUGGCCGACAAGGCAAUAAGAAAGAACAUGUAAUACACAUAAUAGAUUUUGGACUGGCCAAGGAAUACAUUGAUCCUGAAACCAAAAAACACAUACCUUACAGAGAGCACAAAAGCUUAACUGGAACUGCACGAUACAUGUCUAUCAACACGCAUCUCGGCAAAAAGCAAAGCCAGCGAGAUGAUUUGGAAGCCCUAGGCCAUAUGUUCAUGUACUUCCUCCGCGGCAGCUUACCCUGGCAAGGACUCAAGGCUGAUACAUUAAAAGAGAGAUAUCAAAAAAUUGGUGAUACCAAAAGGAAUACUCCCAUCGAAGCUCUCUGUGAGACCUUUCCAGGGGAGAUGGCAACCUACCUUUGGUAUGUCAGGCGGUUAGAUUUCUUUGAAAAACCUGAUUAUGAAUAUUUACGGACCCUCUUCACAGAUCUGUUUGAACGGAAAGGCUACACCUUUGACUAUGCCUAUGAUUGGGUUGGAAAGCCUAUUCCUACUCCAGUAGGAUCAGUUCAUGUAGAUUCUGGUGCAUCUGCAAUAACUCGAGAAAGUCACACACACAGGGAUCAGCCAUCACAACAGCCUCUUCGAAAUCAGGUGGUUAGCUCAACCAAUGGAGAGCUGAAUGUUGAUGACCCCACUGGAGCUCACUCAAAUGCACCAAUCACAGCUCAUGCCGAGGUGGAGGUAGUGGAGGAGGCUAAGUGCUGCUGUUUCUUUAAGAGGAAAAGGAAGAAGACUGCACAGCGACACAAGUGACCAGUGCCUCCCAGGAGUCCUCAAGUCCUGGGGACUCUGGCUCCAAUUGCACCUGCAGCUCCUGCCAUUUCUCAUUGGAAGGUACUCCUCUGUGGGGGAGGGUGGAGAUCCAAACCAAAAAGAAGAAAACAGAUGGCCCCAGAAGGAGCCAGUGCAGGCAGCCAGGGCCCAGUGGGCCAGUGGCAAUCCCUCUGUCUGAGCUCUGAGCAGGUCCAGAGCUGCUGCUUCUCCACUGCUUGCCCUUGGGCUAUCUGGUUGACUCUCUUCCCAUUGUUUACAGUAAAGGUGUCAUUCACAAAAACUCAAGGACUACUAUUCUCCUCCCUCCUCUUCCUUUA